ACAACAUUAACGAAAACACAACAACAUUAACGAAAACACAACGACAUUAACGAAAACACAACGGAAAAGGUAUGUCCCAGUGGGAGACCUAAGAAAUCGCUGAUUGGACUACAGCUCGUUUUACUUUUGAACCGGAAGUUACUCUGUGCUUCGUUUUAAUGAGAAGCGGGAAUACGGUCACGUCGCAAUGUUUUGCCCAAACUGCGCAAGUACACCUCGCUGCAGCAGAGGUCCUUCUCAAACUGCGGGAAAGAGCUGGUUGAGCCGUCACCAAACUUCUGCAGCAAUUGUGGCAAGAGGCUUCAACUUCAGGAAAUAUUUAUGGAAGAUACUCCACAAUGUUCAAGUAAGUUAAUAAGCAUAAAGAAAUAUUUAUGUUUCUUAUGGAUGUAGCAACUUGCUAACGUUAGUGGUCUCCAGACCGUGUCCACUGUCAUUUAGUUGUUCAUUGUAAAUGCAGUUAAAAGUACACAAACUCGAUAUAAUACAGCAGCAUGGUAUUAGCCACAUAUAGAAAAAGCCCAUCUAGGGACAAGUGCUGCGAAUUAGCUGUUGCUAUUGCACUAUGACGUAAACAUGAGACUGCUGUUUUGUUCAGUUUGUCCAUGUCGCUGUAUGUCUGUCCCUACCAAAUAAACCAAUUAAAUUAAAUUAAAAAUAGUAAGGUCCGUUACAGCCUUAGGCACUGCUUAAGGCUGUGGUCCGUUAAGGUCCGUUACAGCCUUAAGUAAUUUGGCUGUAACGUAAUACAUAUCGUCUGUUUGCAUGAAUGUGAUUUUUUCUUUACUUUACUUCUAGCACAAUAGCCUGUUCCAUCCUGCCCUGCACCAGCCCUCAGCACCUUCCUUGAAUACAGAAAAAAGAAAAAUGAGGAGCGACAAAAGUAUUCUCUUGGGAAAAAGGGGUUAAAUCAAAAGGAAAAGAAGAAAGUUCGGAUAAAUAUUGGCUUGAUGACCAUUCACAAGGAUGGUCUAAAGCCACAGCGUGGAAAAACCAUUUUCCUUGCAACAGAUCCAGAUGUCUCUGCCACACCUCUGCUCAGUCUUGCUGCUAAAAAAAUGAAGGACUUCAACAAAGAUAUAAAAGAUGGACCUUUCCUCCUUCUGUACCCAGAUGGGACAGAGGUUAUUAAUAUCCCCAGGACACAAACACAGUUUACUCUUGCAGCUUAUAAGGCUGCAAUUGGCAAGUCAUACCAAAGGAUCUCUCUUUUCCUCUGCUUGAAAAGGGACUUUGAAGAAGUUGGAAAAUUGUCAGACUCGUCCGAUUCCGACCCAGAGGUUGUUAUUAGAAAAAACUCCGAGUUUGAUCUUGCUAAUACACUGCCAUGGGAACCUAUGGAUGAAAGCAGUCCUUUGCAAAAGGUGGCAGAAACAGAGAAUGGUGUUGGGGAUCUUGUACUUGCAAAUGAAGUACAACAGGUUAUGGACUUGGAUAACAAUGGCAACAAUCCAGGCACCAGUCAAUGUCUCGCUGUCCAGAGCUCCUGUUACAGAGACUACACCACUCUCUUUGAGCCCAUUGUUAUUGAUGAUGAUGAUGAGAUUGAAUAUUUUACAGAAGACAAAAAGCAGGACCUGCCCCCAGAAGAACAUUUACAAACAAACGUGCAGCCACAUGAUAUUAUUGCAGAACUGGCCAAGAAUAUUGACCACAAGAAAGUCAGCCGGUUCAACAUAUGUCGUACUGAUGUGUGGGAUGGAGCUGUUCGGGGCUUUCAGAGGAGCACAUACUCCGACAAGAAUGACAUGUUCAUCAAAUUUAACGAUGAUGCUGGCUGUUUGGAGGAAGGGUUGGACACAGGUGGCCCGAGGCGUGAGUUUCUCACACUUCUUAUGGCCAUUCUGAGAAAUCGUCCUAUCUUUGAUGGACCCCCAGAAGCUCGUUACGUUGGGUGCAAUUCGAGAGCUGCCAGGGAAGAUGAGUAUUUUUUAGCAGGAAAGAUGAUUGCUGUAUCGAUUGUACAUGGGGGACCGGCACCACAUUUUCUCUCAAAGAACCUGGUCAACUACAUGAUAGGGAAUCCAAGUUUCAGCGCCACUGUUGAAGAUGUUCAAGAUGAGGAGAUAGGGAAAGUUCUAAAGCAGGUAGGAAAUGACCUAGGUUUAGGAAAUAGAUUUAUUGUAUGCCAACUGGAGAUUAUUUUCACGUUCAGAUUAAGAUUAGGAAAUUAUUAUAACAAAAUAGUAAUUUCGUUUUCUCAAAGCUUGACAAAUCUUUUUGUUUUGAAAGGCCUGAUUUCAGCCUAUCUCAAGAAAUGUGAAAUCACAAAUGCACAAAAUGUUUAUGCUAUUUUUGUAUUCAUAACGAAGAAGUUGUCAAAUUGAUAGUUCUGUACUUCUUCUUAUAAUAAACUGCUUGUUUUAUAGGUCCUGGAAGCUGAAUCAGAUGAAUCUCUGCUAAAUAUAAUUUUUCAAAACAGCGAGAUGUUCCAAACUGCUGGUUGCUUCAGAAGUGUGAAGACUUCUGAGAAGAAAACUUUUGUAGAGGAGUAUCUCAGAUGGUACAUCCUUGACAGAAACCACAGUGCCAUUCAAUGAUUCAAAGAUGGACUGGCAAGUCUGGGGUUUUUCGCUGCACUGCAACAGCAUUCCAGUGUCCUGCCCCCAGUCCUAUGUUUCUCUGCCAAGGCCCUGACUGCUUCAGACUUGGAGACCAUGUUCAAACCAGAUCUCAGCCCAGUAGGAACCAAUAGGCGGCAAAAGGAGGGCAAAACAAUCGUCUUCUGGGCAGAUUAUUUGCUUGAUUGCGAAGGACCCCCAGGUGGUGAAACCAGGUGAUUGGGUUUUCAUCAAGGCCAUUAAGAGACAGAACUGGGCCAGCCCACGUGGGAGGGAACUCCUGACUGCUCCCACUGCAGUAAAAAUCGCUGAAAGACCAUCUUGGAUCCACCUCAGCCACUGUAAGUUGCAAGAGAGUGUUGGGAGCCUAGGCGGGGACAGUGGGGAAGUCUGACUACAAAGGGGUUUGGUUUUAUAGGACCACUCUUCUCAACGUCGGCGAAGAAACCAUCUAACCCUUGUUCCAUAGAGACCUGGGUAAACUCUGACAUCUCUGUAACCUAGCAAAAAUGGGGUCCCCGUGGAGAUGGGGCCUUUUGUGCGCUGCGGCUGCCGUGUGUAAUGAUAGGAACAUCAUGUUGUACUUAUAUUUCUGAUGCUAAUGAAACCCAUAACGAUGAAGCAAUGUCUGCCUUGAAAAACCUGCAACAGGCCAUGUCAAAGGACUCAGUUCCCUCACGAGAAGACUUUCUUUCUUGGAUUAUAUCUGGACCAUGGUGGCAUCUCCUGUUGAAAAUAAUGAUGCCUCUUAUUGUUAUUCUUUUGUAUUUUUACUGCCUGCAUAAUCCCAUGUUUAAAAUCAAUGAUAGCUAAAACUGUUGGAAAUGUAAUCUAUCAGUACCAACUUGUUGCCUCCAUCUCCGAGGGAGAUUCCAAUGUCUAAUGUUGUGAAGGAUGCAUUGAAAAUGCGCCAGCAAGAAAUGUGUUCCUGAUGUUUGUAAAUAAUAUGAAAAACAGGAGGGAAUGUUAGAAAAAUUAUCUAAGUUUAUUUAAAUUAUGAGUUUAUAUGUUUUCAUAUUAUUAUUCUUUUGUGUUUCUUCUUUGACCGCUUUUCUUUUAUGGUACAUUAUUCUGGUUAGGGUAUUCUGGUUUAAUGCACCUGGAUCCAAUGAUGGCCUAAGAAGAACAUUGACAUGCUGAAACGGUUGUUACUACCACCAGGGAGAGAACUAAAAUGUGCAGGAUGCCGGCCGUCUAGGACCAACUUUGAGCACCCCUCGUUUAGAGGAUAAAAACACUAGACUUGGAGCAAACCCCAGAUGACCCAGCUUUCUACAAGCAUGUAAACGCACCAUCUACACACAAAUCUGGGAGCUCCCAAAGCGUGAAAUUAGUCUCAAAAAUACUCGUCCACUCGUAACCGGAUCUGUGCGUAAAUGCAGUUUUGUGUGUGUUUACCAGGUGACUUGUGCAUACUUUUUCAACAUUUGUAGGCGUAGGAGAAGGCGUAUUUGUAGGCGUAUUUUAUUUUUAAGGUUUACAAAUUAUGUUUCACAGACACAACUGUCCAAAGUUACACUCAAAGAUGCUUACACAAGUUACAAAUUCAGUAUUACACACGCACAGAUGCUUUUACGCACGCAGAUAUUUUGAGACUAUUUUCACUCCAUAUCUCCCCAGGUCCGUUAAUGUCCAGUGUAAAAGUGAAACCACAAAGGCAACAGUCACUGUUCAACUUGACAAUCAACCAGAAUUUUAUUCUAACAAUCAAGUGCAUAAGAUCAUAUAAAUAGCUCAUCAUAAUCUUCAGAAACCAAAGCCACAAAGAAAAAAUUAAUUACCUUAGAAAAAUACAAAAAUACGAAGACUCUCCUUCGGAGAUCACUGCGUUAAGACAGUUCCCCCCUAUUGAUCUGACUAGCUGUUUUAGCUCAAUUACUUUUAUAUCAAGGCGUGUUUCUACAGUUUGAUGCGUCCUAACGUAGUUUAGAGGUGGUCUCAAACAGCCCAUAAUGACGUGUUGCUGUUUGCUCGCCAGAGACCAUGCAGGUGUUACCAAGGCCAAGGGAUGAAUUCAUCGCUGUCUAAGCUAUCCACCAUGCGCACUUUCCCAGGGCAUGAACAAUAGAUGUGUUCAUUUCAUACAGAAACAUUUUACUCAAGAAAGUGAGACCAAAGUUUAUCAGCUAUCCGUGUUUUUCAUCCCUUCAAACUGGUUUCUGAACUUUAAAGAACUCUCCUGACCUCUCCUCUGACCCAGUACAUCAAACAGAUGUACUGGGUUAUCAAGCAGAUUUUGACUAUAAAAAUUAGCACACGUUUUAUAUAAUAAUUUCAAAAUAAAAAUGUAAGCAAAAGUGUUAAAGGUUUUGAGAACAAAAGACAUGAAAUCUUGCUUUCAGACUGACAAUGUGUGGUCUUGGAUUAUGGCAGAAAGAUUCCCCCAUAGUUCUCUAAUUUACAUUGUUAUUUGUGCAAUACCCUGCACUCCUUAACAUGCAGCGGAAAGCCUGCGUGUCGCUUUUUCAAUUUUAUUUUCCGGGGUUGAUGGUUGGUGGGUUAUAAUAUUUAAUAUAUAAUAAAAUUUAUAAUUCAGUUGAGUUCUUUGUAUUAAAUAAAAUCUUCAGCAAAAGCCUGCAACCUUGAAACGAUUACCUUUACACUAUUCACGUAGAUUGAAAAUCACAAAAAAAAUAGCCUUUUCCACAAAAUAACAAGCAAAUGACAGAUCUGUUCACUUCACAAUGUUGUUAAAUGGAAAAACAGAAAGAGCAAGCGGAUGUGAAAGCCGUCACUUGGAGUCCAUAGUUACCAGAUGUUUUAUAAUCCUUCUACUCUUAUUUCUUUUGCUUGUUUACCCAUAAUUUCUAUAAAGCAAAUAUUUUUUA